CUUCCCCUCUGUAGGAAAACGAGACACACGCUCUGGCAUAAAAGGGCAUGUGCUGUUGGGGCUCAGACAGAGUCAACCCAGGAUCCUGCCUGACGCGAAGCCAUGGCCCACAGUCUUGUUCACCUCGCGCUGGCCGCGGUGGCGGUGCUCGCCGUGCUGCUGCUGGACCCCGCGGCGGGCCAGGCGGCGACGGCGACCUGUGACGUGUGCACGGCGGACGGCUGGUUCCCGCCCAGCGGCGCGGCGGCCGGCGACAACUGCCAGACGCAGUACUGCGUGUGCUACGCGCCCUACACGGACGUGACGGACCCCAACGCGGCCGCCGGCACGAGCGGCGCCUGGCUCUACACCUGCCCGGCGGGCGCGGGCACCGCCACGUGCUUCAGCCAGAUCACCAAGAAGUGCACGACCUGCCCGGCCACCUGCUAGUGACCCCACGACGCGUCAGCAGAAAGUGAUAAUAAAUGAUUCUGUCGCUCA